UGGCUGAGGUUUGCUUGAAGAAUCUCUUUGAGCUGACCCGGAAGUGGAGUGAUAUUAGUUCCAUUUUCACUUUGGCUUGCUGUGCAUGGGCUCUCUUCUGCUUUAACUUGGCCCCCAGGUGGAAUACGAGCUAUUCCAACUUGCAGGAAGCCGACCACAUCUAUAAUACAUUUCGCUGGAGUUCAACAGUAUCUUUCACUGCGGCAGCUCUUAACGGAAUUGAUAUUAUUUGCCUUUUGAAGCUCGAUGAGCAUCAAACCACCCGUGAGGAUACUGAAGGCUUUAUUGACUCCGUCUUGAUGUUUGUCACCUACCUGAUUCUUGGGGGUAUAUACUUUGCAAUGUCUAUUUCCGAAGUGACCUUUGUACAUGUUGACAAGCUGGCCUAUGGCGGUCCUCGUCCAGUCUUCACACUCCGCUUCAUUCAGUGGUGUUUUUGUGUUCCGAUGCUGAUGUGUGUUUGUGGCCGCCAGCAGAAAAGCGAAGACGUGGCGGAGACCGUGGAUCAACUGGUUCAAGGCGUUCAAGGUCAUGGAAAGCCGAACCUGCAGACCUUAUCCGCUUGGGACAAAUAUGUUUGGGUCCCGUUAAGUGCAGGGACUAACGCGCCAUUGCUGGCGUCGAUCAGGCUCACCGUCAUCUACAUAGGGUCUUCUUGGCUGGCGAUUGUAGUGGACGACCAUUUUGCCCGUUGGUUGCUGAUCUGUGUCAGCUUUUCAGACUAUUUGAUCGCCUCACUUCAAGAGAUUGUGUUGCUUCUCAUGCGGAAAGAGGAGAAGCUGUCCAACUUUGUUAGCAACCUUGCGGCACUUCAAGUGGGAAUCUACGCGAACCAUGGUACCAUAUACCUGUUGGCAGCCCUUGGCCUCAUUUCUUGGCCUUUGGAACAGUUCCUUUAUGGAAUUGCUGAUGUUUGUGCCAAACUUAUGCACACCGUCAUCCUCGGGGCUACCCGAAGAUAUGUCCAGACAAAGGACAAGAGUUGCUUGAUCAGCAGCGUGGUGACUAUGGCAGCGGAUGUCCAGCGGCUCAUACAGGAUGCCAAUGUGCCCAUUUUCUCAGUGAACCGGAACCUGGAGGUCAAAGCUUGGAACAAAAAGAUCACCGAGCUGACUGGCCGCAGCUCAGAUGAUGCUAGGGGAAGACCCUUGAAUGCCCUGGCAUUAGCCGAUGGUGCUUCGGCGACCUGGAAUUCGUCAAGCAGCAUGCUGAUCUUGGAUGCCCUGGAAGGAAAACCUCCUUACACCACGCAGAUCCGUUUCAAGAAGACCGAAAUCGAUAUCAACGACCAGCAGUUGGAUGGCAAAUCAGAGAAAGAUGAAGAAAUCAUAUCCAUGGCUUUUUCUGCCACACCUUUGAGAAAUGCAUUUGGUGAGAUCACCGGCGCAGUGUGUGUGGGCCAGGAUGUCACUGAGCUCACCCAGCAAAGGCACGAAGCCCAAGCCGUUGCAGCAGGUUUGAACAAGUUGAUUGAAGAUGCCGCCGUGCCUAUGUUCGAGGUGAGUCUGGAGAUGCUUAUUGUGGACUGGAACGCCUGGCUGGCAAAGAAAACAGACAAGACCAAAGCAGAAGUCUUGGGCACCAAACUGCAAACUUUUUUGGCCAGCGAAUGCCAGGCAGAGGUUCUGCGACACUUGGCCGCGGAGUUUCGCAAGGAAGGCUUUGAACGCGAUUGCUCUGAUCGCUUUGAAGUGUCUUUUGAGGGUUUUAAGCUGACACUACUGAUGAAUGCCGUCCCUCGCACUGACAGACACGGCAGAACUGUGAGCAUUAUUUGUGUGGGUCAGGACAUAACAAAGCUAAAAGAUAUGGAAGAAUGGAAGCUCUCCAUGAUGGCUAUGGUUUCUCACGAGCUGAAGUCGCCAUUGCAUGGCAUAAUUGGGCUGAGCCACUCCCUACUUGAGGAUCGGGCCAUCGCUGAUUCUGCGAGGACAGCAUUGACGAUGAUCAAUAAUUCUGCCAAGAAGCUGCUGGAUAUCGUGGCGGGCAUGAUGGACACAACUUCACUUCUACGUGCAAGGGAAUUGGUUCGGGCAGGCCCAGACCCACUGAGUCUUGUGAAAAUUGUGGAAGAUGUCGUCUUGCUGAACCGUCAGUCAGUGGACAAGCGAGGUGUGCCCUGCUUGCGGCCUGGAGUGACGUUGGUGAACGAGAUGCAAGCCCCAGUGCCUAUGAUUGAAGGUGAUGCCUUUAGAAUCACGCAGCUCUUUUUCAACUUGAUUGCGAAUGCCCUGAAGUUCACCCACCAGGGCUCAGUGACCGUGAGCUGUGUCCCAGACAACAUUGAGCGAAAGGUCACGGUCUAUGUCAAAGACACCGGGAUUGGUGUUGCACCUGAGAAUCUCGAACGGAUUUUUCAGCCCUUUGAUCAGGAAGACCAUUCAGAGCAGCGGGCGUAUGAAGGUUUGGGCUUGGGACUGGCAGUUUGCCGCGAAGUGGUGCGAAGACAUGGCGGCAAGCUAACCGUGAGGAGCAAGAAAGGUCACGGCACAACGUUCCGCGUCCAGUUGCCAUACAAAAUGAGGUCCCAGGACGAUGUGCUGGAGGCGGAUGAUGGUAAAGUGUGUGACAGCGGCGAGUCCGAACCAGAACCGGCUCUGCCGGCACUGAUGCCGAAAGUAGCGACUAGCCAUGACCAAAAUUCGUUGCCAAGCGUUACUGCUCAGGGCAUGCUCUCCGGGGCUACCAUUCCUGAAGAAACGUCUACUUCAGUCAUCUUGUCAGUGGAUGAUGACUUGGUAAAUCAGCAAGUGCUGAAAUCACUACUGACUUCCACGACCUACGUCUUCAAGCCAGCAACAAACGGAGCUGAGGCACUGAAUUUCAUUCGUGAGAAUCCAUUGCCAUCUCUGUUGCUCAUGGAGGUGAUGAUGCCAGGGUUGUCUGGCAUUUCUGUGCUGAAAAGCAUUCGGAAAUCAUAUUCUGCAGAGAUUUUACCCGUCAUCAUAGUUUCCGCCAGAAGCAAUAAGCAGACCAUCAUUGAUUGCCUGAAAGCUGGUGCCAAUGACUUUGUAGAGAAACCCUUUGAGCAGGCCGAGCUGCUGUGGCGAAUCAAGCUUCAGCUGAAGAUGUCGAAAGCAAACAGGUACCCCAAAGGAAACAACCAGAUCUUGGAAGUGCUUGAGGGCUUAGUGCCAGAGGAACUUGCCCUUUCGCUGCAGGCAGCCACGGUGAGCAACAGUCCAGAAACUUCCAAACAGGUCGUCAGAGCAAAGCUGGAGAGAUUUUUGAGCGAAAAGGGCUCUCAGGAGACGAAGGAGAUAUCGGCAGCGACCGUGACGUCGCUGAAGAAACAACUUCUUCAGGCCCAGGACUCCGUAAAGAAGUUGGAAGCCCGUGUCGCUGAACUGGAGUCGGAGUUACAGGAUACAAAAUCAGGUGGCAAGAAACAUGACCUUUCCAUGCGAACCAUUCAACAGCGAGUGCAUAUGUUGGAGAACCAAGUAAAGGAACGGAGUCAGAGCCUGGAAAAGUUGAAAGCAUUGCAACUUGUGCACGGAGAGAGUCUACAUGAAGGUCUCUUUGGGGGCUGGUCGGGCUGGUGUGUGGACUUGAGUCAGAUGAUGGAAUUUGAGGAAGCGAUGCUGCACAAGGAGAUCCGGGUCCAGAGAUUAACAGAGAACUUGGAACCGGCAGGUGCGAUCAGUGAAAUACGAAUGCUUGUUCAGGAACUCAAAAAUCAGGUACUAAAGUUGUACCAGGAGAGCAGUCAGAAAGAUCAGCUCUUGUCCGACGCAAAUUUCAAACUCCACAUGUUGUCAACGACCUUGACACAAAAAAAUCUUCAACUAGGCUUCUGUGACAGUUUCUGUGACAGUCUUGCCCUUGAGCAGGCGGAUCGUCCGUGUUCAUAGGAAGACAGUGCCACCGAUUGAAAUUCAGCGACAGAAAA